UUGAGGUGUGGUCCAACGGUCGCCAUCUUAGCACAAGUUAACGUUAUAAACGUUAACAUCACUGUUUAUAUUCGGACUAUUGUGAGCAGUUCAAGCUGGCCAAAUGACGGAUAUACGAAAGAAAUUGGUGAUAGUCGGCGAUGGGGCAUGUGGUAAAACGUGUCUACUAAUCGUGUUUAGUAAAGACCAAUUCCCAGAGGUUUAUGUGCCCACUGUGUUCGAAAACUAUGUAGCUGAUAUAGAAGUAGAUGGAAAACAGGUGGAACUGGCGCUGUGGGACACGGCAGGACAGGAGGACUACGACAGGUUACGACCGCUGUCGUAUCCGGAUACCGAUGUCAUCCUCAUGUGUUUCUCCAUUGACUCGCCGGACAGCUUAGAAAAUAUCCCUGAGAAGUGGACACCAGAAGUAAAGCACUUCUGCCCUAAUGUGCCCAUCAUCUUAGUAGCCAAUAAGAAGGACCUGCGUAACGAUGAGGCAACAAAGCGUGAGCUCGCGAAGAUGAAGCAGGAACCCGUGCGGACGGAGGAGGGCCGCACGAUGGCCGAGAAGAUCGGCGCGUUCGCCUUCCUCGAGUGCUCGGCGCAGACGAAGGAAGGAGUCCGUCAAGUCUUCGAGACGGCCACCAGGGCUGCGCUGCAGGUCAAGAAGAGGAAGAAGCGUGGCUGCACGCUGCUGUAGGCGGCGGCGACGGCGGCGACGCGUGCUGCGAACCCCCCGGGGGGCAGGUGGCGGCGGCGGCCGUCGACUCGGGGACGGUGCUACAAGGCCGCCGCGUCGCCAGUAGCGCGCGCAGGGUUUGGAUUUGGUGUGGCACUCGUCAGCUGGCGCCGGCGUUACGUUAAAGUCGGCGCCGCUGUGGGAGAGAGACGUUGAAAACGGCGUGAUUUCCGUCGAUGGGUCGGCCGACCCCCGCCGCCUUGUUUGCGGAUGUCUCGGGCGAGUCUCCGGCCGCGCCGUGGUCGCGCAAGACACCCGGGGGCGUUGACCGUCGUCUGACGCGGCGAUGUAUUUUUUGCGGCGAUGCCCUCUGGCGAGCACUUCGUCGAAACGCGCACGCAAUCAUAUAUCCACUACCGUCGAUCACGUGUUCUCGGUCGGUGCAUCCAGAUGGCGCCGGUGCUGCGCUCGCCCCUAUCGACUCGCUCGUAGUGCGUGCGCGGUGGGCAGGGGAGCGGGGGUGUGAUGGGGGAAUUUUUAUGCAUCACUUUUUUCAGAGAGUCGGACAAGUUGUUGCCUUAUUUGACGUCUACGUGUAUUAGUCAUGUGCGCGUGCACGGCGCGAUGUCUCUGCGUCGGUCACGUGUGCUCGGGACUAUGUAGCACUCGUACACCGUCACUGCCAUGUUCAGUUAUGUCUCGCCACACAUCACCUGCUGUCACAGUCGCUAUGUGACACACCUGCUUGCACCGUCUUGUAGCAGCAAUCACAGAUAUGGUCGCUAUGUAACACAACUGCUUCAACCGUCUGCGAUAGCAGCAAUCACAGAUAUGGUCGCUAUGUAAAACAACUGCUUCAACCGUCUGCGAUAGCAGCAAUCACAGAUAUGGUCGCUAUGUAAAACAACUGCUUCAACCGUCUGCAAUAGCAGCAAUCACAGAUAUGGUCGCUAUGUAACACAACUGCUUGCACCAUCUGUGAUAGCAGCCACCACUGAUAUGGUCACUAGCUGAAGCCAAAUUGAGUACGUUUAAAAAAUUAAAGGUAAUGUGGCUUCCUUGUGCAGUGCCAAGUUACUCUCGUCUAGGUGCUGCCGCUGUUCCGCACACUGGUCGUGUGUACCUGCUGCGCUCAGGUACGCCACAGUCUAGCAUCCGUAAUCAAGUCAUUUAUGUUGUGUGCACUCACGCCGUCACUGCAUUUCUACAGGCGAGGUGGAAUCUUGCGAUAUGCGGCACCGAUUGAAAAAUUCGCGAAUGUCGUCGGGUUUCAAUUCGCGCCGCUGUCGCUUUUUGCGCAUCUAGGGCGAGAGAAGCCCUGCGGGUCAGCGAUGGAGAGGCUGGGCAGCUGAGCUCGCCUCCGCGUGCUUCCGCAUCCCUGGCCGCCUCCGCCGGCAGAGCUCUCCCGCGGCUGACAGGUCAGACGCGGCAGGUCUCUGCUGCUGUGGGCGCGGAUGAUCAUCGGGAGGGAAGCGGGCGGCGGCCGAACCACGACGGUCUCUCCCUCGCUGAAAGUCCGCAAAGCACAUUUUGCUGCGCGCACUUGAACCCCGCUGUUUGCGCGUGCGUUCGUGCAUGUGCUUUCUUUUCUCGCGAGGCUGUAGGUAUUUUUUAUAUAUUGAUAGCCGUUAAUUUAUGGUAUGGAAACUUAGUCGCGCGUUUAUAGCCGGGCCGUCCGCGGAAUGGGCGGCCCGGCGUCGGAUUUGUUUUUUUUCACGGGAGGGAGGGAGGUAGGGAAGUUAGGGAGCGUUCACUGCGUCACGACUCGGAGCUUUGUAAGUGACCGCCUUGCGCGAUCGCCUUUGCCGCCUCCCAGGCGCGACACCGCCGCUCAACAGUGGCGACACCUGCAGGGGGAACACGCCGCCACACGCUUCGGCAGAGAGAACACCAACAAAAUGUUCACGAUGCGGUUGGAAUCGUGCCUGCAGGCGUCGUCGGCGCACCUUCCCUCCCUCCGCACUGACAUCGCGCCGUAGGAACGACUUGUCGAGGUGCAUGCGAGAUGGCAGCGGGUAGUGAGGGGUGGCCUUUGAGCUGGAGGCGGCCGGAGAUUUCUCUUCUCUCUGCCGGCACCAAUGUCGUACAGCGAGUGCACUUACUCCGCGUGCAGUUGCUGAACGAUGGAGGAUGAGGUGACCGGCAAACGUGUAGAGAAAUCUACGUGCAUUCUAUGAGUGAGAAACAUCGAGGAGCGUGCCGGAUCGUGGCGAACAUCGAGCAACGUAGUAGAGUGGUAAUAAUGAAUGUCAAAGAACUUGCCAGAGGGAACAACCUCAGUCGGCAGUGUUUCCGCGGUGAUGCUGGUCUCGCGAAAGCGCCAGUUUCCCAGAUGCGGAUGAGCGUGAUCAUGGCAACGGCAUCGUAAGUGUAGUCUGCGUCUUCCUUGUCUCAGGCGCUUCCACUGAGUAGCAGCCGCUCAGAAGCGAUUAUUGAUUAAUUGUAAGUUAUUUAAAUGCACUGUAGGUGGCGCCCCGUGAUUUGGGGUCGCAUUCCUGUUUCGUGACUAGGGUGCAAUCGUUUCAACUCCUACGAUCCGUCUGCCUGAGCCGUAGUUCUAAGUUUGUUGUUGUUGCCCCGCGUAACAACGAUGAUUAAGGUGUGGUGUUUGGUUAGGCUAAACCGACCGCUGAAACGCGAGUUAACGUGCGCUUGUUUGCGUGUGCGCUGCGAGUUGGUUGUGGCUGCUUGUACGAUGGUUGUAUGGGAACGUUUAGUGAUUGUCUUGAGCUCCAUGCCUCCCUCAUGAAUACAUGCAAGAUCUAUAUAAACCUUUGAAGUUCUAGACCAA